UUCUCCAUAACCAUUGAUGGAAUUGGAACUCAACCAAUUUUCUUUUAAUAAAGUCCAAUAAUCUUGAGCCAUAGAUGAAGAAGUCAAGCAAAAGUUAAAACUUCAGCUAGUGCAAUCCUCCUGUGUAUUUCCUCUUUUUUUGGAUGUGAAAUCGUCCUUUGAGUUUCAACAAGAUGAAGCAAGGUGAUGCUCAUGGUAAAUUCAUUAUCACACACAUCCUUUUUGCCUCCUUGCUCGGAUUCGUAGCAGCUGCAGCCACAUGUUAUUACCAUCAGAGGAAGUCUAAGGCUGUAACUGUGACUGUAACUGCAGUGAGAGACCAAACUAACAUUCCACGGCUAGAGAGGACAGAAUCCGGCCGUGUUGCAAAGCUUGAAAGAUUCUCCCACUAUGUUGCUAGGCAAAUGGGGUUUUCAGAUGCAAGUGAAUGUCCCCAACUUUGCAAGUUAGCUUACGAUUAUUUGAGGAAAUCCGAAGGUUGUGAAAAUUCCAUCUAUGAUUAUUUUUCUAAUGAACCAGAUGCAAAAUCUCUCUACAGGAAGUUGAUUGGAGAGUUUGAAACAUGUAUCCUCAGUUAUUUUGCUUUUCAUUGGGGUCAUGCUUCUCUUAUGAUUAGUCAGGUUUUGAAUGAGGAGUCUGCAGACCGUGAGCGAAAAGCAAAGCUCAAGGACUUGGUGUUGGCAGCUACAAGGAAACAGAGAUUUGAGAGGGUGACAAAGAAUUUGAAGGUGGCAAGGGUGUUCACUACAUUGGUGGAGGAGAUGAAAGCAAUAAACGGCAGUGCACCUAAGGGUGGUGACUCAGUAAUUACCGAGGUAAUGGCGCCGAUGGCUCACAGUAAGAGAAGUCCGGUGCUGCUUCUCAUGGGUGGUGGCAUGGGAGCUGGCAAGAGCACAGUCCUAAAAGAGAUUCUUGAAGAACCAUUCUGGUCCGAAGCAAAAGCAAAUGCCGUGUUAGUAGAGGCAGAUGCUUUCAAAGAGUCUGACGUUAUUUACAGAGCUCUAAGUCGUUCUAGAGGUUAUCACCAGGAAAUGCUUCAUACUGCUGAACUUGUGCACCAAUCUUCCACUGAUGCUGCAUCAUCGCUACUAGUAACUGCACUUAACGAAGGACGGGAUGUGAUCAUGGAUGGCACUCUAUCAUGGGAGCCCUUUGUUGAGCAAACAAUUGAUAUGGCUCGUGCCAUUCACAAAUGUCGUUACCGAAUGGGGGUAGGUUACAAGGUUGCAGAGGAUGGCACCAUUACUGAAAACUACUGGGAGAUGGUAAAAGAAGGAGACGAAGAAGAGCAACCAAAUGAAAAUGGAGAAGCCCCCAAGAGAAAACCUUAUAGAAUCGAGUUGGUUGGGAUGAUUUGUGAUCCUUAUUUAGCUGUUGUUAGAGGCAUCAGGAGAGCUAUACUAAUGGGAAGGGCAGUGAGAGUUAAUUCUCAGUUGAAUUCCCACAAGAGAUUUGCUAGUGCUUUUCUAAGAUACAGCCAACUCGUUGAUAAUGCGAGGCUCUUUUGCACCAAUUCUACGGGUGGUGCACCUAAGUUGAUAGCAUGGAAAGAUGGGGACAACAAGCCGCUAAUUGAUCCUGAGAAAAUUAACUGUUUGACAGCAGCAAGCAAUUUGAAUGCUGAAGCCCAAUCCGUAUACGAGCUUUACACAGACUCAAGCCAAAUAUCCGGGCCCGGAUCAAUUUGGAAAGACAUCGUUUUGUCACCUUCAAGGGCAAGCCUUCAACAGGAGCUAAGGGCUUGUAUUCAAAAAAUUGAAAAUCCAGAGCCCGUUUGAUAAAAGAUUUCUAGUAACGUUGUUUAUAUUUUUUAGAAAUACAUAUGAGUGGAAAAGUAUGUGAAAAUACGUAUAAUGUUGUUUAAACAAUGGUAACAAACGAAACUUGUAAAGAAAAUCAGCUAAAUGAAUGUGGAACUUUAUUUGUGAAUGCAUCCAAGCUGGAAUAUUAUAUGUUAA